AUGUGCGUGUAGACUGUCUCGUUCCGGGAAAGGGAAGAGUUUGCUCAAUAAAAUACAAGUUAUGAACAUUGAGAGGAGGAAAACAUUCUCAGUGCGACAGAGUCAACUGCUACGAGGCUGACGGCAGUCUGGUGUAAGAAGAAGCAGAACAUGCACUGAUGACUGGAUCCCGACCCAAACCCUGUCGAAUAAUGAUCAGCGAAAUUGUCAUAGUGCGACAUCCUGUCUCUGUGUGUGUGCCUGUGAACUAUAAGGUGACUCUGAGCGUCCGUGCUGAGGGCACAGGCAUCCUCAACUACCAGUGGUUCACUGAUGAUGAACAGGAGGUGUGUGGUGGCACUGAAGCAGACCUGACCAUCAGAGCUAAAAAAACUCAGCUCUAUGUGUGCCGAGUGAAUGACCAGUUCUGUAACUGCGUGUUCAGCGAGUGGGUUAAAGUGAAGGUGUUGGACAUUGAUAAGUCAGGUUUGCCAGUGCACUGGCAGGGGGAACCACACAUUGCUGUCAACCCAAAACCCCAGACAGUCCGAGAAGGUAAAAAACUCACUCUCCGCUGCACUGCCUUUGGCAUCCCCACUCCACGCUAUCAGUGGUACAGAAAUGGACAGCCGCUUCUGGACAAGACUGGUGACACUCUGCAGAUUGAGCAUGCAACAGCUGAACACAGAGGAUCAUACCUGUGCUCCAUAUCUAAUGUGCUGGAAGAAAGAUGGACUGAACCAGUCGAUGUUGACGUUGUGCAAAUGGAUCAGCUUCCUCCUGCAGUACUCACAGCCACUGAUAAAGUUGCCCUCCUUAUUGGCAACCUGAAUUACUCCAACCACCCUGACUUGAUGGCUCCCAUAAUGGACGUACAUGAGCUGGCCAACCUCCUGCAGCAGCUUGGUUUCAGAGUGGUUUCGCUGCUAGAUCUCACCAGGGAUGAGAUGCUGGCUGCUAUUGACAAGUUUACUCAGCUCCUUGACAGAGGAGUUUAUGGCCUUUUCUACUAUGCGGGUCACGGGUAUGAGCACGCUGGGAGGAAUUACUUGGUUGCUGUUGAUGCUCCACAACCGUACCGACCCGAAAACUGUGUCUGUGUGCAGAGGAUCAUGCUCAGCAUGCAGAAAAGACGCACUGCACUGAGUGUAAUCCUACUGGAUACCUGUAGAAAAUGGUACAACCAGGAUUGCAUACCUUCAUGCAUCAUGCCAUUGGGACCCAGUGGGAACACUGUUUACGGUUAUGCUACAUGUGAAGAUGCUGAGGCGUUUGAGGUCCAGGACGGGGGCAAAAGUACUGGAAUCUUCACAAAGUACUUGAACGCGCACAUCCUACAGUCCGACAAAGUCACCCACGUCUUAGAGAAGGUGUCUGAGGAUCUCGGCAGAGACCCUCUGGUCACAGGCAAACAGGUGGUGGAGAUCAAACACACCCUGAAGGAACCGCGAUCUCUUGCAGACCCAGUAAGGACCACAGGCCACACAAGGGAACUACACCUGCGAGAUGCCUGCUGGAGACAAGCAAAUGAGCUACCACGGAAGAAGCGCCUGGUGUUUCUUUGCAGAGUCGAAGUGGAAGUCAGCUUCUCAGCUCUGUUCUCUAAUGUCCUGGUGGCUUUUGCCACUGUAAAGACUACCGGCCCCCGAACCCAGGACUGCACCGUCACCCUAAGUAGUAUACCUCCAAUGGAAGACAUAUUUUCCCGUCCUGGCAGAUCAGAGGAAAUGGACUCUCUACUGUUCAAGAAGUCUGAUAACCCAGACUAUACUCUGCGACUAUGUGCUCUUCAAAAACUUAAGGAAUCUCUGGUCAUCAGGGUGGAUCUACACUAUACUAACACGGACAGUAAGUUGCGCCAGACAGAAAGCCAACAGGUGAACAUAGGAAAGCCUCUGGUGGCAUCCUGUAAACUGUACAAGAGGAAUCAGGCAACAUCGGCCAAGAGACAAGAAGGUGCUUCUGCUCAAAGUAUGGGCAACAUUUCAAGCAGCAAACCACUACUGCAUCAGACUCCGGCUGGUCCUUGUCGUCCUUUCACCAGAAAGGCAGAGUGUGCUGCUAAAGUUGCUGUCACAAGAAGCAACGAACCCGAAGAGAACGAUGAGACUGAACUGCAGGACUUUAUUCUUCGACAGUAGCUCUUUGUGAUCCUGUUAUUGUAAAUACGUAUUCCAAUAACUAAUAAUAACUAAGGGAAUGAAUUUGUGUUUGGUGUGUGUUACCAGCCUUCAAUUCUUAGCUCAACACUGAAGAAACAUUAACACUUACUUUUGCUUAGCACAACAUGAACUGUAAAAUACUUCUUUAUUACCACUGGCAAGCUGGCUAGCCUAAUUUAUCAAAUAAAGACCAUUACAGUUAAUAAUUUAUCUAAUAAAUACUACUAGUUUCAUCACUAUUGUGAUUGUCAAUCUUUUGUAAUGUGCUCAUCUUUUUUUACUGUGAAAUCAACAGAUUAAAUUAUUGUUUAAAUGGA